GCCAUGGGUGGGGAACAUGUCCAAGUCAGACAUCGGCAGGAAGUGGGACCGGUGCAUGGCGGAUACGGUCAUGAAGAUAGGUACUGGUUUUGGAUUAGGAGUUGUUUUCUCACUUACCGUCUUUAAAAGAACAUCAUGGCCUUUAGCCUUUGGUUCUGGCAUGGGCCUGGGCAUGGCCUAUUCCAACUGUCAGCACGACUUCCAGGCGUCUUACCUUCUGCAUGGGAAAUACGUCAAAAAGCAGGAGCAGUGACGCACACUGAGAACGCCCCGGAGGGAGGAAGGGAGGAA